CAAAAGGCAGCGAGAAUCCUCAUUAAUAAGAUAAAAUAAUAAGAAGAAGCGUAAACAAACUUGAGUGUCAAAUUUUGAAAAAGAAGAAGAAUAUAAAACAGGCUAUUCUUGAGUGUACUACCAGGAUUGUGAUUUUUUUCUGACAUAAUUUUCGUGACGCGGUAUUUGCGCAACGUAUAAACGCAUAAUACGUAUUACAUACAUAUGUGCACCUACGAUGGUGAAGUAUCUCGUAAUAUCCUUGUCGAAUUUCUUCUCGAAAUGAAGAAAUGAUACUGCGAUAUUACAUUCUUCUAAUGAAGGAGAAGACGUAGUGCGCCUACGUGAACCCACAUAACCUCUCGUGCCACAGUAGGUUCUACAACGCAAUUUGACAAACUUCAUCGCCAGUUACGAGAAAAUCGUAGAUCGGGAGUACAACAAGAGUAAGUUGCUAAAAACCAUGAAAAUCAAUGAGAAAAAUAUGGUUGCGUUCGCGACCUCUGCGACGCCGGUAGAUCGCGAAGGUUGGUUGAAUAAACGCGGAGAGAUCAAUCGCGGAUAUCAGAGGCGAUGGUUCGUACUCAAAGGAAAUAUAUUAUUCUAUUUCGAUCGUCGCGGUGAUAAAGAGCCGGUGGGCAUGAUCGUGCUUGAGGGCUGUACGAUCGAACUGGCGGAGGACGAGGAGCAGUUUGGCUUCAAGAUAGUUUUUCACGGGCCGAACAACAGAAGUUAUGUUUUAGCGGCAGAGUCUCAGGAAUCUAUGGAACAAUGGAUGAAGGCAUUGGCGUGUGCCAGUUACGAUUAUAUGAAACUUAUGGUAACAGAACUGCAACGUCAGUUGGAUGCUGUGGAAGAGGAAACAGCAUCCACUCCAAUUCAACAAUCUCCUAAGGCUCCGCCGAGACAGCGGCAUAAUCCCUUCAAUAAGCCAGACUCCCAUCAUCGUUCUCAGAGCGUCAGGUCGGCGCCUGGUAGGACGGAAAACGUACCUCGGACUAGAAUUACAUUUCGUGAGCUCCAUACAGCAUAUGGUAGGCGAAUCUUGGCGGAUCUAAAUGCGUGGAGACACGCAAGGAAAAGUGCAGAGGCACCCUUAAUAACUCUAUAACUGCACAUAUUUUGCGUAGAUAACAUUGAACAAAGUACGCUUGAACAUUGUAUACAAUCCAUGAGAAUUACUGGCCCAAGGAGUCAGCUAUAUGUUAACAGACAGAAUCGAUAGGAAGUAAUUUAUGUUAUAUUGAGUGUGUAUGUGUGUGUGUGUAUGCAUGUAUGUAUGUCGUGCGUGUACAAAUGUAAAAUUAAUUUAUUUAGAUAAAAAUAGAUUGUUUUCGUAAAAUGUAAUUCUCUCUUUGCUUGUAAUAUUCUGUACAUAAAUUUCCCGAACAAUUUUUAAUUCUUGGUAAUAUCUACGCUGAGAUUAUUAUGAUAGAUAUGAGAUAAUUGCGUGAUAAUAGAAAAAAUAGCCACAAAUAAAGUGAUAAAAAGAUUAUUUUCAGAUUUCUUAUACAUUUUUUUUUAAAUUAUUGCGAUAUCACAUCUUUUUGCCAUCAUAAACGCUGUACGAAAAAGAUGAAAAUGUAGAUGUUUCAAUAUUUUAAGACAAUGUAUAUAGGUAUAUAUAUACAUAUAUAUGUUAAGUUUUACAUCACAAGUUAUUUGUACAAUUUAAUUUAGACGACAAAAACAUGAAUUUACAACGCGCGUAACGUUUAUCAACACCACAAUAAAUAAAUUACUAUGAUUACAUAA